GUUUUAUGCACAUUUCUUCACUCUGGUUCCAUGAUGAGAACACACUGUUUUUAGUAACAGCUCAAGCUCGCCCUCAUGUGGUCAAAACAAUAACGGUACGCGUUCGCGCAUGCGUAGAUGUGCUAAGCCGUCAGCCAUUCGCUCGGACACAAUCAAUCGAUCAGUGAGCGGAAGAUGGCGGAGCAUCGAGAUCGAUCACCGAAACACUCGAUUGGACGGAAAAGGUGAAGUCUGGGAAAGCUAUUCGUCCUCCUGAUAAGGAAAGUAAGGGUACUCCCACCUAAUGAACCUUCAAUCCACUCCAUCAGCCAUGGACUUUCCCUGGCAUAGUGCGAAAGUCCUUGGGCAACUAAAUGAACAACGUCAGUUGGGUGUUCUUUGUGACUGCACGUUUGUGGUAGAUGGAAUAGACUUCAAGGCCCAUAAGGCAGUUCUGGCAGCAUGUAGUGCAUACUUUCGCACUCUCUUUUUGGACCAGAAUGAUGUUGUUCAUCUUGAUAUCAGCAAUGCCGCAGGUCUUGAGCAGGUCCUUGAGUUUAUGUACACAGCAAAGCUCACUCUGAACUCUCAGAACUUGGAGGAUGUGCUUGCUGUAGCUACUUUCCUUCAGAUGCAGGAAAUUGUCAAUGCUUGUUGUGCUUUUCAGUCAGUGGCUGUCCCUUCAUCAUCCAAGCCUGUAGUAAAGGGGCCCAUAGAGGAACAACCAAGAUCUGUAAGGAAAACAGAGGAUGCAACAUCCCAGGAGGAGCAGGAGAGUCAUGCCGUGGCUCAGGAUGUAGCACCUGAAGUGAAAGAAGCUCCUUCACAGUCUGAAACAACAGAUUCAGAAACACAGGAGGUUGCAUGUAACACACCUGAGAAGCGAAGUUCAAAGACCCAGAGAGCUGUGAGCAAAGUUAGUGGGCAGUCCAAGCUCAGCCACCACACCAGACAAAAGAAAGCUGCCAAGACAGAAACGGAGGAAGAAAAUGCCACAAAAGAGAUUCCACAAUAUCAAGACGACCCUUCUGAUGAAGACUACACUCCCAGACACUCCCAGAGGGUAAAAGCUAAAUGGUCUUAUCUUAGCACAAGGAGAAGCAAGUCGAAAUAUGCAACUGUUCACCUAUCCACACAAGUUGAUGAUAGUGAGGAAAGUGUGCCAAAAGCUGAGAUCGUGGAGACCAUUGAAGAGGAAGAUGAUGGAGAGGAUCAAGGAGAAGGAGAGGAGGAAUUGGAGGAGGAAGGAGAAGAGAUGGAGACAGAAGAUGGAGAAACGACAGGUUCGGAGGGAAAGAGCCUGAAGCCUGGAGCUGAGCGCAGUGAAUCCAAAGCUUAUAGCUCUGUCACUCACAAAUGUGGGGACUGUGGGAAGAAGUUUACGCACGCAGGCAACUUUAAACGUCACAUGCGCAUUCACACUGGUGAGAAGCCAUUUAGUUGCAGAGACUGCAACAAAGCCUUCUCUGAUCCAGCCGCCUGCAAAGCACAUGAAAAAACACACAGUCCUCUGAAGCCAUACUGCUGUUCAACAUGUGGAAAGAGUUACCGGCAGAUCAGUCUACUGAACCUGCACAGGAAGCGGCACACAGGCGAGGCCCAGUACAGUUGUGAGGACUGUGGGAAGCUCUUCACCACGUCUGGAAACCUGAAGCGGCAUCAGCUGGUGCACAGCGGAGAGAAGCCCUACCCCUGUGAAUACUGCGAACGGGCCUUUUCUGACCCUACUGCUAAGAUGCGACAUCUAGAGACCCACGACACAAACAAGGGUCACAAAUGUCCACACUGUGACAAGAAGUUCAACCAGUUGGGCAACCUGAAAGCUCACCUGAAGAUCCACAUUGCAGAUGGGCCUCUUAAAUGUAAAGAGUGUGGAAAACAGUUCACCACCUCAGGAAACCUAAAGAGACACCUACGUGUGCACAGUGGUGAAAAACCCUUUGUCUGCAUGCACUGCCAGAGAGCUUUUGCAGACCCCGGAGCCUUGCAGAGACAUGUGCGCAUCCACACAGGAGAAAGGCCUUGUCUGUGUCUGAUUUGUGGAAAGGGCUUCACGCAGGCCAGUUCACUCAUUGCUCAUGUUCGUCAACAUACUGGGGAGAAACCGUAUGUGUGUGACCGCUGUGGCAAAAGGUUUGUGCAGUCCAGUCAGCUGGCCAAUCACAUCCGUCACCAUGACAAUAUCCGACCACACAAGUGCCAAACCUGCAACAAAGCAUUUGUCAAUGUGGGAGAUCUCUCCAAACAUAUCAUUAUUCAUACAGGGGAGAAACCUUUUCUGUGUGAUAAAUGUGGUCGAGGAUUCAACCGCGUGGACAACCUUCGUUCCCACGUGAAGACUGUGCACCAGGGGAACGCUGGAAUGAAGAGACUAGUGGUUUCUGAGGAGGAUGGGGAAGAGAAACUGCUGCCUGACACCCCAGGCUCAGAGCUCGACAGUAAUGAAGUCAACAUAGUCACUGUCACCACCGAUGACAUUGUGACUUUGGCCACAGAGGCUCUGGCUGCCAGUGCUGUAGCACAGCUGACUGUGGUGCCGGUGACAACCGCCGUAUCAGCAGAUGAAACGGAGGCACUGAAAGCAGAGAUCACAAAAGCAGUGGAAAAAGUGCAGGAGGCAGAUCCGAACACCCAUAUCUUGUAUGCAUGUGACUCUUGUGGUGAGAAGUUCCUGGAUGCCAGCUCCCUUGCCCAGCAUGUGCGCAUACACACUGCCCAGGCCCUGGUCAUGUUUCAGGCAGACUCAGACUUCUACCAGCAGUAUGCAGGAGACGGCACAUGGCAAACCACUGAGCAGGUCAUCCAGGGGGGAGAGCUAUUGUUCCGCACCCGGGAAGAAGAGAGUGAGGAAUGUGAAGAAGCACUAGCCCAGUCAGAAUCUCAGACUGAGGGGGCAGAAGAGGAAACAAAUACACAGACAGAGACAGAAGAAGGAAGGUGGAAUCUGAAAGCCAAGGACAGUGAGGAGUUUCUGACCUAAAUGAGCCCAGUGACAACUCAAAAGCAUGGAGAGAUCAAUAUGGAAUUUAGACUAUCACAAAGUUUAUAACAUGAAUACAACAUAAAACAACUCAAUGUGAUAUUUCUCACAAGAGGGAUGUUAUUAAAUACUAAUUAACAUGUAAGAUGUACGCUCAACGGCCACUUUAUUAGGUACACCUGUACAUCUACUUAUUCAUGCGAUUAUCUAAUCAGCAA